UAUCAGUGCAACAUAGGCCAGGUAAUCAGUGUCAUUGACACCAGUUCUAUGAGACCCUCAGAGAUAACAGAGUCCUAACUAUAUAAGGAUACUUCUUGCAGAGAAGUAACAACAAAAGUGAGCCACCAUGUUAUUGUUGCUGCUGAGCUGUCUGCCCCUGGCCCAGGGGGUGGUGUAUCAGCCCCGCCCAGGGGCGGUGUUCCAGUGGCAACUCCAGGUAGACGAUGACACACCCUUUGACCACAGCAUGCACGCAGACCUGUAUGACACUGACCUCUGGGCUAUUACCACCGCCGACAUUCAGGCUAUACAUAACAAAGGUGGAAAAGUGAUCUGUUACUUCUCAGCUGGUUCCUAUGACCACAAUCGACCAGACGCUGGACAGUUCGACCAGAACCAUGACGUUGGUAAUAAAAUGGACGGAUGGGACGAGAAAUGGAUAGACAUCAGAAGCAGUAACGUUAAGCGAAUCAUGUCUGCCCGUAUGGACCUUGCCCAAAAUAAAGGCUGUGACGGGAUCGAACCAGAUAAUGUUGACGGCCACGAGGACGGGAAUGCAAACAUUGGCUUUACAGCACAUGACCAAAUAGUAUACAACAGGUGGCUUGCUACAGAGGCGCACAACCGUGGACUGUCAAUAAGCCUGAAGAACGAUGCCGAGCAGAUUCCCCAACUACACUCAUACUUUGACUGGGCGCUAAACGAGGAAUGUCACACCGUAGAUGGAGGGAAGGAGUGUCUGCUCUAUCAGCCAUUCCUGAAUGACACCAAGGCUGUGUUCAACAUAGAGUAUGUGAACAGCCACCAUGUGAGCUCCAAUGACCUGCACAAGUGCCACUCCCAUGAACCCACAGGCAUGAGCACGCAGUUCAAAACCUGGGACCUUGACCCCUGGACCCACAGGUGCUAGAGGAUUAAGACAGAAUAGAUGGUGUUGAUGUUUGCUGAAACAUGGAAAUGAAAUCAUAAAUAGAGUGUAAAAUAAAAAUGAAUAUCUACAGAA